AUGGAGCCCCCGGCUGCCGCGGCGGGCUCGCCCGAGCCCGCGGCGGCGUCCUCUUCCUUCCAGGCCCGGCUCUGGAAGAACCUGCAGCUAGGGGUGGGCAAGAGCAAGGGCGGCUGGGGCGGGCGCGCGGGGGUCCCCGAGCGCCGCACUGCGGACACCCCGUCGCCCUCCCCACCACCCCAGCGGGGUAGGCGGGACGCACUGGCCGGCUUGGGUGGCGCGGGCAGCAGGUGGAGCGGCUUCAAGAAACGGAAGCAAGUGCUGGACCGCGUCUUUUCCUCCUCCCAGCCCAACCUGUGCUGCUCCUCGCCGGAGCCUCUCGAGCCCGAGGGUGCGGGCAGAGCGGAGCAGGGGUCCACGCUGCGCCGCCGGAUCCGCGAGCAUUUGCUCCCCGCGGGAAGGAGCCCGGUGGCAGCCGCCGGAGCAGCCGGAGUGACGCCUCCUGGCGGACGCUCUCCGGACUCAGCUUGCUCUUCAUCCUCUGCCUCAUCCUCCCUGUCCUCCUCACCCCAGCCGCCCCCGAGGGGGAACCGCGCCCGAGAUGAGGGUGCACGGCGUCGGGGCACUGUGGCGCACUUGUGCCAUCAGAAGAGUUCUUCCCUGCCGGGCACCACCUGCUUGGAGCAGCUGCUGGAGCCGCCGCCGCCGCCUCGAGCUGAGCCAGUACGGAGCCGAGCAGAGCCGCGAACCGCGAAGGGCGAGGAGCGCGGCAGCAGCCGGAAAAAAAUAAAUACUGCUGGAACCAGUAAUACAGAUGUCCCCUUGGCUGUUCCCGGAAUGUACCAAUUGGACAUUACAUUAAGAAGGGGUCAGAGUUUAGCUGCCCGAGAUCGAGGAGGGACAAGUGAUCCAUACGUGAAGUUUAAAAUUGGAGGAAAAGAAGUUUUUAGAAGUAAAAUAAUACACAAGAGCCUCAAUCCUGUGUGGGAGGAGAAAGCUUGCCUUCUUGUUGAACAUCUUAAGGAACCAUUGUACAUAAAGGUAUUUGACUAUGACUUUGGACUACAGGAUGACUUUAUGGGCUCAGCCUUUCUGGAUCUCACACAACUGGAGUUAAACAGGCCCACGGAUGUGACCGUAACACUGAAAGAUCCCCAUUAUCCUGACCAUGAUCUUGGAAUCAUUUUGCUCUCAGUCGUCCUUACCCCUAAGGAAGGAGAACACAGGGAUGUGACAAUGCUAAUGAGGAAGAGUUGGAAAAGAUCAAGUAAGGAACUCUCAGAAAACGAAGUGGUUGGAUCUUAUUUCUCUGUGAAGUCUUUCUUUUGGAGGACGUGCGGCAGGACUGCUUUUCCUGUCCUGGGCUUCUGCAGAGCAGAGCUUCAGAAUGCUCAUUACCAAAAUGCACAAUUUCAGACCCAAAGUUUACGUCUGUCAGAUGUACACAGAAAACCACAUCUUUGGAGAGGAAUAGUCAGCAUCACAUUGAUUGAGGGGCGAGACCUCAAGGCAAUGGAUUCAAAUGGGUUGAGUGACCCCUAUGUGAAGUUCCGGCUUGGGCAUCAGAAGUACAAGAGCAAGAUUAUGCCAAAAACUUUGAAUCCUCAGUGGAGAGAACAAUUUGAUUUUCAUCUCUAUGAAGAAAGAGGCGGAAUCAUUGAUAUCACUGCAUGGGACAAAGACGCUGGGAAAAGGGAUGACUUUAUUGGCAGGUGCCAGAUCGACCUGUCGGCUCUCAGUAGGGAACAGACACACAAGCUAGAGUUGCAGCUGGAGGAAGGGGAGGGUCACCUGGUGUUGCUGGUCACCCUGACAGCUUCGGCCACAGUCAGCAUCUCUGACCUCUCCAUCAACUCCCUGGAGGACCCGAAAGAACGCGAGGAAAUAUUAAAGAGAUAUAGCCCAUUGCGGAUAUUUCACAACCUGAAAGAUGUGGGAUUCCUCCAGGUGAAAGUGAUCAGAGCAGAAGGGUUAAUGGCCGCUGAUGUCACAGGUAAAAGCGACCCAUUUUGUGUGGUUGAACUGAACAAUGACAGGCUGCUAACACAUACUGUCUACAAAAAUCUCAAUCCUGAGUGGAACAAAGUCUUCACAUUCAACAUUAAAGAUAUCCAUUCAGUUCUUGAAGUGACAGUUUAUGAUGAAGAUCGGGAUCGAAGUGCUGACUUUCUGGGCAAAGUUGCUAUACCAUUGCUGUCCAUUCAAAAUGGUGAACAGAAAGCCUACGUCUUGAAAAACAAGCAGCUGACAGGGCCAACAAAGGGGGUCAUCUAUCUUGAAAUAGAUGUGAUUUUUAAUGCUGUGAAAGCCAGCUUACGAACAUUAAUACCCAAAGAACAGAAGUACAUUGAAGAGGAAAACAGACUCUCUAAACAGCUACUACUAAGAAACUUUAUCAGAAUGAAGCGUUGUGUCAUGGUGCUCGUAAAUGCUGCAUACUACAUUAAUAGUUGCUUUGACUGGGAUUCACCUGCAAGGAGCCUCGCUGCUUUUGUGCUCUUUCUCUUUGUUGUCUGGAACUUUGAGCUCUACAUGAUACCAAUGGUUUUGUUGUUACUGUUGACAUGGAACUACUUCUUGAUAAUAUCAGGGAAAGAUAACAGGCAACGCGAUACAGUAGUGGAGGACAUGCUAGAGGACGAGGAAGAAGAAGAUGACAAAGAUGACAAGGACAGCGAAAAAAAGGGAUUUAUAAAUAAAAUCUAUGCCAUCCAGGAAGUAUGUAUCAGUGUCCAGAACAUCCUAGAUGAAGUUGCUUCCUUUGGCGAAAGGAUAAAGAAUACUUUCAACUGGACCAUCCCAUUCUUAAGCUGGCUGGCCAUUGUAGCCCUCUGUGCGUUCACAGUCAUCCUAUACUUCAUUCCGCUGAGAUACAUUGUCCUUGUCUGGGGCAUCAAUAAAUUUACAAAAAAGCUGCGGAGUCCAUAUGCAAUUGAUAAUAAUGAACUACUUGACUUCCUUUCCAGAGUCCCUUCAGAUGUGCAAGUGGUGCAAUACCAAGAACUGAAACCAGAUCCUUCUCAUAGCCCAUGUAAAAGGAAGAAAAACAAUCUUGGCUAGCCAGCUCCCAGCACUGAGGAGACCAGCAUCUGUUUGGGAAGAUAAAAGGAAAAGCCUUCAGCCUGAGCCGCAUUUCCUUUCUUUCUGUUUUUUAUUUAUUUUGCCAUUUUACCAUGAUUGAGAGAAUCUGUAAAUAGUGUACAAAGGCAUAUGUCUUUGAAAAUAUACUUCCAUUGUACAGAAUCAAUUUGAUAAAGGUUUAGCUAUUGCUGCGUGAAAGCCUUGUUAGCUGUGGAUAAUAAUAUAACACAUUGGAACAACAAAUGUAAGAAUGGUAACAUUGGGAGAUACACAUUUCUCUAAUUACAAGUGUAAGAACUAGAAUAUUAAAUCUGAUUAAAUCUACAUAAAAUGUAAAUGUCAAUUUGAUUAAAAAAUUUUUUUUAAUGUGACUAUUUUUUAUCUAAAAAGUAAUCCAUUACAGUUUUCUAUGUUUUAUACAUUUCAAAAGGGAGGAGGGAUCCCAGAACCUAAAUAAUGGAACAGAUGCAUUACAACUUAACAUAGAUUCGGAUCCUGAUAUUUAUUCCUGUGCAAAUUAUUUAGAUAUGACUAGGCUGACUUUAAGGUAAUGAGUGAAGGUAUAUUCACCUCCUCAAGAGAAUCUUCCACACACUGAAAUCCUACAAAGAAAAUUUCCAAAUCUUCUAUCAUUCCAUCUAAAACCUUAAAAUCUCUACAGGACUACACAAAAAAUACUGCCAGGUUUAUAAAUGAUGAUUGCCUAUAAGGAUUUUUAUACCAAUCACUAUUAAUUUGUGCCAAGUUAGCAAAUUAGCAACCCAGUUCAGUUGUCAAAAAUCUAGCAAAUUAAAUCCACAUUGCUUUUGGUGGCAGAUUAUGCCUCUGUGCAUCUAAAAAUAUUUAAUACUCAAGUGUUCUCACAGAAAAAAAAA